GACAAGUGUAGAUUGAUUGUGUUUUUUUCUGUACUUCUUGUUUGUAGCGGUUGAGUGCGUAUUGGUAACUCCACGCCACGACAUACUCCCACGACAAAAUAAUUCGCCAUCUACCAAUUAGUGGAUAAUUACCUAAUUUGUACUAGUAAGAAAGCAAUUGUUAGUAUAAUAAACUAAAAUUUAAGGACCCAAUUGAGAGUCCAGUUGUAGUGAAAAUGUCGGACAGCGAAGAUCAAAAUCAAAUCGAACAUCAACAACAAUUAAUAGAGCAAUUUGUUUCUAUUACUAGCUCUUCUAAAUAUUUAGCAGAACAAUAUUUACUGAGAAAUAAGAAUGAUAUUGUAUCUGCUAUAGAAGAUUUUUAUGCCAGUGGCAAUAAUAAUAAUAAUACCGUUAGUGGAUCAGGAUCUUCAUCCGCUUCUACUUCUGCUUCUGUUGCAACUCAUCCAUCAUCACAAUCACAAGGUCAAUCACAAUCUCAGCAUGGGUUGCAACUGAGAGGUAGAAGUAGUGGUGGAAUCAGAACAUUUAGAGAUUUAAAUGAUGAAGAAGGUGAUUCUGAAGAUGAUAAAACAAAUACAAAUUUCUUUACCGGCGGUGAAAAAUCAGCUUUACAAGUUGAAGAUCCUAAUAAAGAUAAAAGAGGUGGUAAUGAUCAACAAUCAUUAAUUGAUCAAAUCUUUAAAAGAGCUCGAGAACAAAUGGAUCAACCUGAUGAUAGACCAUCGGCAGGACAAUCUGAACCUGAAGCACCUAAGUUUAGUGGAAGUGGAUUUAAAUUAGGUGAUGGAAGUACACCAUCUCAAGAAGUUGUAGAUCCAAAUAGUAGAUUACCUAAGAGACCUGCUAAAGUUACUCGAGAAAUUACCUUUUGGAAACAAGGUUUCACAGUUGGUGAUGGUCCAUUACAUAGAUAUGAUGAUCCUAAUAAUGCAAGUGUUUUAAGUGAAUUAAAUAGAGGUAGAGUACCUAUGUCAUUAUUAGAUGUUGAAUUUGGUCAAGAUGUUGAUGUAUCAGUAUUUAAAAAGACAGAUGAAGAUUGGAAACCUCCUAAGAAAAAAAUUGGAGGAUUCCAUGGUCAUGGUCAACGAUUAGGAUCUCCUGUUCCUGGUGAAUUAUCUAAUUCACCUUCAGUUACUAAUCUUCCUGAACAAACUAUUUCUACUCCUAAUACAAUUACUGAACCUAAACAACCAGAAGGUGAAGGUGAUUCAUUAGUACAAAUUAGAUUUGCUAAUGGUAAGCGUACAUCACAUAAAUUUCAAUCUACUGAUUCUAUAAAGAAAGUAUAUGAAUUUGUAAGAAAUCAUGAAUUUAAUGAUGAUAAAUCAAGAUCAUUUGCCUUAAGCCAUGCCUUCCCUGUUAAACCUAUAGAAGAAUCUGAUGAUACAACUGUUGCUGAUGCUAAAUUGAAGAAUGCCGUCAUAGUACAGAGAUGGACUUAGAAGUUAUAUACUCAAUAUAGUUAACGUAUCAUAUAAUAUAUAUAUAUAUAAUAUAUACUCAUAUAUAUAAUAUGU